ACACUCUAAAUUUAUUUUUUUUCUUUUUCUUUUUUUUUUUUUUGAGACAGAGUCUUGCUGUGUCGCCCAGGCUGGAGUGCAGUGGUGCGAUCUCGGCUCACUGCGACCUCCGCCUCCUGGGUUCCAGCAAUUCUCCUCCCUCAGCCUCCGGAGCAGCUGGGAUUACAGGCAUGUACCAUCACGCCCAGCUAAUUUUUGUAUUUUUUUUAGUAGAGACAGGGUUCCACCAUAUUGGCCAGGCUGGUCUCGAACUCCUGACCUCAUGAUCUACCUGCCUCAGCCUCCCAAAGUGCUGGGACUACAGGCGUGAGCCACCGUGCCUGGCCUAAAUUUCUUAAUUCUAAUUGGAUUGCUACCCUCUCUUCCUCUUCUUCAACAUGGCAACACAUUAAGGUAUAGGCCCUUAGUCUCUUUUUAUUUAUUUUUGAGACGGAGUUUUGCCCUUGUCGCCCAGGCUAGAGUUCAGUGGCGCAGUCUCAGCUCACUGCAACCUCCACCUCCCAGGUUCAAGUGAUUAUCCUGCCUCAGCCUCUCAAGUAGCUGGGAUUACAGGCAUAUGCCACCACGCCUGGCUAAUUUUUGUAUUUUUAGUAGAGAUGGGGUUUCACCAUGUUGGCCAGGCUGGUCUCGAACUCCUGACCACAGGUGAUCUGCCUGCCUCGGCCUCCCAAAGUGCUGGGAUUACAGGCAUGAGCCACCACACCCGGUCCCUUAGUCUUUUAAGAAGGGGCAGUGAAUGUUCUCAACUAAAUGUUGGAGCUUCUUUACAGCUUUCCUCCAUGGGGGAUAGACCGCUGGGAUUGAGGAGGGGCCGUUAGGCCAGGGGAAACAUCAAUAGAACCUGAUCUUCUUCCACAACACCCCAGAUGUUGGGCCUCAAACAAGCUGGGGAGGGUGGAGACGACAGACACUGCCUACCCUUCUUGUCAUCUUGUGUGGUCCCAUCAUGCACCAAGUGGCAUACCUUUCAUAGGACAGAGAACUUCCCUGAGAGUCACAUUCCUGGAUGAAAAAUUGCCCUCCAUUGGCAUGUGCCAUCAUAGACUAGGUCGUGGAAGGACCGUUUGGUUCUAGGAGGAAGAGAGACCAGUAAAAAUAAGCACCCUUUCUCUCUCUGCCCUGCUGCCAGAACUGCCUGUUCUCACGUGACCCACCUUGGCAGUUACCCAGGAUGACUUGCUCGCUCCCAUUUUACAGUAGAGAAAACUCAAAACUGUUGCCCCAGAGUCACAUUUGGAGCUGCGGCAGGGCCAUUCUCGCCUUCUUGCUUUUCAGUUUGAGUUCUAGAUCCAGGGCUGUCCAGGAGAGCCAACUGGUUUACUACAAUGGAGUCUUGGAGUCUUCUGCCCUGCCUAGCUAGGGCUGGAAGAGGAUCAGCCUCAGCCUUGCCUGUCUGGCCCUGAGGGAGUCCCCUUUCUGAAGCUGUGGUGCUUGGACGACCUGCUCUCUACGUUGCUGGGCACCUGUAGGUGUCCCUCGAGAGCUCAGUUUUGAGGUUCAAGUCAGUGUGGCCAUGAAGGGGCUGCCUGUUGGGCUGAUGCUGUGACCCUGGAGUCUGCCUCUCCUGCCAGUCCCCCUGCCCGGAACAUGUGGCUGCGGCUUGGCCCGCCCUCGCUGUCCCUGAGCCCCAAUCCCACGGUUGGCAGGAGCCUGUGCCUCACCCUGUGGUUCCUCAGUUUGGCGCUGAGGGCCAGUACCCAGGCCCCAGCACCCACAGUCAACACUCACUUUGGGAAGCUAAGGGGUGCCCGAGUACCACUGCCCAGUGAGAUCCUGGGGCCUGUGGACCAAUACCUGGGGGUGCCCUACGCAGCUCCCCCGAUCGGCGAGAAACGUUUCCUGCCCCCUGAACCACCCCCAUCCUGGUCGGGCAUCCGGAACGCCACACACUUUCCCCCAGUGUGCCCCCAGAACAUCCACACAGCUGUGCCCGAAGUCAUGCUGCCAGUCUGGUUCACUGCCAACUUGGAUAUCGUCGCUACUUACAUCCAAGAACCCAACGAAGACUGUCUCUACCUGAACGUCUAUGUGCCGACGGAGGAUGUAAAGCGGAUUUCCAAGGAAUGCGCCCGAAAGCCCAACAAGAAAAUUUGUAGGAAAGGAGGAUCCGGCGCUAAGAAACAGGGCGAGGACUUAGCGGAUAAUGACGGGGAUGAAGAUGAAGACAUCCGGGACAGUGGUGCUAAACCCGUCAUGGUCUACAUCCACGGAGGCUCUUACAUGGAAGGGACAGGCAACAUGAUUGACGGCAGCGUCCUCGCCAGUUAUGGCAAUGUCAUCGUCAUCACCCUCAACUAUCGGGUUGGAGUGCUAGGUUUCCUGAGUACUGGAGAUCAGGCUGCCAAGGGCAACUAUGGGCUCCUUGACCAGAUCCAGGCCCUCCGCUGGGUGAGCGAGAAUAUUGCCUUCUUCGGGGGAGACCCCCGCCGGAUCACUGUCUUUGGCUCAGGCAUUGGUGCAUCCUGCGUCAGCCUCCUCACGUUGUCACAUCACUCAGAGGGACUUUUCCAGAGAGCCAUCAUCCAAAGUGGCUCUGCUCUGUCCAGCUGGGCUGUGAACUACCAACCAGUGAAGUACACCAGCCUGCUGGCAGACAAAGUGGGCUGUAAUGUGCUGGACACCGUGGAUAUGGUGGACUGUCUUCGGCAAAAGAGUGCCAAGGAGCUGGUAGAGCAGGACAUCCAGCCAGCCCGCUACCACGUGGCCUUUGGCCCUGUGAUUGAUGGUGAUGUCAUUCCUGAUGACCCUGAGAUCCUCAUGGAGCAGGGCGAGUUCCUCAACUAUGACAUCAUGCUAGGUGUCAACCAGGGCGAGGGUCUCAAGUUUGUGGAAGGGGUGGUGGACCCUGAGGAUGGUGUCUCUGGCACUGACUUUGACUAUUCCGUCUCCAAUUUUGUGGACAAUCUGUAUGGCUAUCCUGAGGGUAAGGACACCCUGCGAGAGACCAUCAAGUUCAUGUAUACAGACUGGGCAGACCGUGACAACCCUGAGACCCGCCGUAAAACACUGGUGGCACUCUUCACUGACCACCAGUGGGUGGAGCCCUCAGUGGUGACAGCCGAUCUGCAUGCCCGCUACGGCUCGCCUACCUACUUCUACGCCUUCUAUCAUCACUGCCAGAGCCUCAUGAAGCCUGCUUGGUCAGAUGCAGCUCAUGGGGAUGAAGUACCCUAUGUUUUUGGGGUUCCUAUGGUAGGCCCCACUGACCUUUUCCCCUGCAACUUCUCCAAGAAUGAUGUUAUGCUCAGUGCUGUCGUCAUGACCUAUUGGACCAACUUUGCCAAGACUGGGGAUCCCAACAAGCCGGUCCCCCAGGACACCAAGUUCAUUCACACCAAGGCCAACCGCUUUGAGGAAGUGGCCUGGUCCAAAUACAAUCCCCGAGACCAGCUCUACCUUCACAUCGGGCUGAAACCAAGGGUCCGAGAUCAUUACCGGGCCACUAAGGUGGCCUUUUGGAAACAUCUGGUGCCCCACCUAUACAACCUGCAUGACAUGUUCCACUAUACGUCCACCACCACCAAAGUGCCGCCUCCGGAUACCACCCACAGCUCCCACAUCACCCGCAGGCCCAAUGGCAAGACCUGGAGCACCAAGCGGCCAGCCAUCUCACCUGCCUACAGCAACGAGAACGCCCAGGGGUCCUGGAACGGGGACCAGGAUGCAGGGCCACUACUGGUGGAGAACCCUCGUGACUACUCCACUGAAUUAAGUGUCACCAUCGCCGUGGGGGCCUCCCUCCUCUUCCUUAACGUUCUGGCCUUCGCUGCCCUCUACUACCGUAAGGACAAACGGCGCCAGGAGCCCCUGCGGCAGCCUAGCCCUCAGCGGGGAGCCGGGGCCCCGGAAUUGGGAGCUGCUCCAGAGGAGGAGCUGGCAGCGUUACAACUGGGCCCCACCCACCACGAGUGUGAGGCCGGUCCCCCCCAUGACACACUGCGCCUCACUGCAUUGCCCGACUACACCCUGACCCUGCGGCGCUCCCCGGAUGACAUCCCACUCAUGACCCCCAACACCAUCACUAUGAUCCCCAACUCCCUGGUAGGGCUGCAGACAUUGCACCCCUAUAACACCUUUGCCGCAGGGUUCAACAGUACCGGGCUGCCCCACUCACACUCCACUACCCGGGUAUAGCUCCAACUCAGAGCACAGCCAAUCUCCCGGCUCCCUCCCUCCCAGAUCCAGGAACACAUGCACACACACACACACACACACACGCAGACACACAUACACACACACACACACACAUAUAUGUAUACGCACGCACCCACACCCUACAGCAGAUCCACCUGCACAAACAUAGACAGAUGUGGACAUGCACCCGCAUGUACAAAAACACAAAUACGGAAGUAAACCUGAACAAACCCUUUAAAUGGGGACACAGAUGAGUCCUCGGUAAACCGAGGACCCAUGAAACAGCAGCUGAAGCCAGCUCCCUGAGUCUGACCACAGACACUCCUGGGGGGCCUGAAAGCAACAGCUGGACACCCCCUUGGUGCUCGCCUUCGGCCUCUCUUGGAACUGCACCACCGACCAACUCCAGACUUGGGAGCUUUAAAGAGCAGGAUAGCUCUUCCUCCCCAGGACUUGGUCUUUUUUCUGGGUCUUGUUUUGUUGAUUUUUCUUUUUUAAUUUUGGAAGAAAUGCUUUUCCAAUCCAUGAGUGCUAAGAGGCUCUGGAAGGGAGGGCUUCAGGCCCGAAGGUCUCUCUGGCUCUAGGAUCCCCAGUGCUCACACAGUUAGACCAAGGAACAGGACCCCCAGGAAGGAAACAGAUUCAAGCAAGACCAUGGGGUGGAAUGAGAAAGGGGCUAGCAAUGGAUGGGGCUGGAGGGCGGUAGGGGAGAGAUCUCCACCUCUCUCUGUGUCCGUGUGGAGGGCUGCAGAGCCUGCAGGGUGACCUGCUUCCCCAAAGGCCAACAGCGUUGGCCUGGCCAGACCAGGGGACCUUAGAUUUGGUGAAAAACGUACUAUGGAAGCCACAUCACUAUUGGGCCCCCAGGUCUGAUCUGGGUUUUGCCUCUGCCCUUGGGGAAAUGCUACAGAAAUUCGCCCCAUUUUCUUUACAGUCUUUUGUGUCUGUCAUUUCUCUUUCAAAAAGGCGGUGUUUUUUGUUGUUGUUGGCUCUCUUUUUUUUUAAAGAAAAGUUCUUAAAACACUAACGGAAACCCAUGGAGUUUGUCCUUUGUAAAAAUUUUAAACACAGUGUCUUGAUAUAAAAAUAAAAAAUCCAGUUAGCACUCCCAA